UAUGCUGUUAUUUGCGUGAAGAUCGACGCGUAGGCGGUUCUCGGUUGAAGCCUUUCGCUCAAUCGCCGGGACUCGGGAGGCAACAACGAAAUCGUCCCUCAUGUUUUCGGUAAAUGUCCCUUGUCUUCUCUCCUCUUCUCGUUUCAUAUGUAACAAUGGUUCCCAGGAUCGAUCGAAAGGAGAGCAGUUGACUUCAAUAUCUUUUCUCCUUGAUUUUUUUUUGUUUUAAGGUUUCGUUUCAUUUGGGAUAUCUGUAAUGAUCCGUGGAUAAUUAUACACGACCGAGGAAUUAGGGUUUUGGGAGGCUCGAGGAUUAUAUUCGACGGUUUCUCUCUGUAAAAUAUUUCAAGGUUUUGCAGCUCUAGGGUUUUGCCCUUGCCAUGCCUACUCGAAAGAUCGAAGAGGGUGGCCUGUAAGACAACAAUGUCCGCGAACAGCAAUAGCCCAGCGAAGAGUGUUGGGGCUCAGUCCCCUUUUGGUAGUGCCGGGAUGGUAUCUCCAUCUAUGCCGUUGAACCACCCUUCCCAUCUACAUCCUCAGUCACAAUCUCAGACACAACCUGUUUCACACUUUCAAUUCCAGUCACCUCUUCAGUCCCAAGCACAAGCUUUGGCCCAGGCUCAAGCCCAAGCUCGUGCUCAAGCUCAAGCUCAGGCAGCUCAUGCCCAAUUUCAGGCUCAGCUUCAAGCUCAAUCACAGUCUCUUACCCAGACACAAUCCCCUGGGAUUGGGCUUGUAGGUGCAUCGUCUCCCUCCCUUUCAACACCCGGCACAGCGACUGCCAAGCGGGUUGUCCAGAAACCUCCGGCACGGCCUCCGGCUCCUGCCACUCCCAGCACGGCCUCGCCAUUUAAAACCAUGGAGCUAACCCCUGCUGCUCGUAGAAAGAAGAGGAAACUUCCAGACAAGCAGCUACCGGACAGAGUUGCCGCCCUUUUGCCCGAAUCUGCCCUGUAUACCCAGCUUCUUGAGUUUGAGGCACGGGUUGAUGCUGCUCUUGCAAGGAAGAAGAUUGACAUCCAGGAAUCCCUUAAGAACCCUCCUUGCAUUCAGAAGACUCUUCGAGUUUAUAUCUUCAACACUUUUUCUAAUCAGACCCGAACUAUCCCGGAGAAGCAGAAUUCAGAGCCCCCUUCUUGGUCACUUAAGAUAAUCGGGAGGAUCUUGGAAGAUGGAGUGGAUCCAGACCCUACCGGUGUAAUCCAGAAAUCAAGUUCAUCAUACCCAAAGUUCUCUUCUUUUUUCAAGAGAAUUACUAUCAACUUGGACCCCAGUCUUUAUCCUAAUAACUCUACUAUUGUAUGGGAAAGUUCUCGAUCGCCUGCACCUCACGAGGGCUUUGAAGUAAAAAGGAGAGGGGAUAAGGAAUUUACAGUGAAUAUACGACUAGAGAUGAACUACAUGCCCGAGAAAUUUAAGCUCUCACCGGCUUUAAUGGAACUUCUUGGUAUUGAGGUUGAUACCCGUCCAAGGAUUAUAGCUGCAAUAUGGCAUUAUGUUAAGGCUAGGAAGCUGCAGAACCCAAACGAUCCUUCUUUCUUUGCUUGUGAUCCACCUCUCCGCAAAGUAUUUGGGGAAGAGAAGAUGAAAUUUUCAAUGGUUUCACAGAAGAUAUCACAGCAUUUAUCUCCGCCUCAGCCUAUACAUUUGGAACAUAAGAUCAAGCUUUCUGGGAACAGCCCAGCUGGAAAUGCUUGCUAUGAUGUAUUAGUUGAUGUUCCUUUUCCAAUACAGAAGGAAAUGUCAGCUUUCUUGGCCAACACAGAGAAGCACAAAGAGAUUGAUGCCUGUGAUGAAGCAAUUUGUGCUGCCAUAAAGAAGAUUCACGAGCAUCGUAGGAGGAGAGCAUUCUUUCUUGGCUUCAGUCAAUCUCCUGUGGAGUUUAUCAAUGCUUUGAUUGCUUCCCAAAGCAGGGACCUGAAGCUUGUUGCAGGGGAAGCUAGUCGUAAUGCUGAAAAAGAGCGGCGUUCGGACUUCUACAAUCAACCAUGGGUUGAAGAUGCUGUUAUACGAUAUCUAAACCGCAAGACUGCUGGAGGAAGUGAUGCUCCGGCAAGCACAUGAAAGGGAAUUGUUAAUUAACAGAUGGGCUAUAUUUUCCAUUUUUUACCCCUGCUUCUCACUUUCUCACUACAGCAAGUGAUGUUUCCAACUUUACCAUGUUGGAUGUGGGGCAUUUAUGAACUGUGAAAUCUUAUUAGCCCAUUUCUUACCAAUCUUUUUCUACUACAAAGCUUCUCAAGGUUAUAAACUUUAUGAAACUGCAUGGUUUCAUUAGUUUAUAUUUUUUUUUUAAAUUCUCUCUCUCUCUUUUACAUAUAUAUGCAUUACCAAGUGCUUAAUGGUGAGAUAAUGAAUUUCUUGCUGCCUUUGAGCUUCCGGUUUAUGCUUACUUUGAAAUCUUGAAAAUUCACAUGACAAACUUCUGCAUGGUGUUUAAAUGACUUUUAUGGAAGUCCAAAAAAGUGCAUGUUUUACUUUGGAUCUUGAUA